AUGGCCUUCGCCCCCUACGGCGACGAGUGGAGGCAACGCCGCCAGAUAUGCACUCUCCACCAGCUGAGCCCCAAGAUGGUACAGUCCUACGCUCUGGUUCGCAAGCAGGAGGUGGCCACCAUGGUUGCCGCCAUCUUCUCCCGUGGAUCGGCAGCGGAGAUCGACAUGUCAGCCAUCCUGUUUGCCUUCUCCAAUGACAUCCUGUGUCGGAUGGUCACGGGGAAGAAGUUUGAAGGGAGGAAAGGGUUGUUCUCGAAGUUCAUCUCAGAGAACUCGGUGCUGCUGGCCAAGAUUAAUCUCGGGGAUUACCUCCCGUGGCUCGGUUGGGUGGAUUGGUUGCUCGGCAAGGUGGCGCGAGUGAAGAAGAACAAUAAGAGGUGGGACGAUCUGCUGGAUCAGGUUAUCAAGGAACAUGAAGAGCGAGUGUCGUCGCAUGAUGAGAAAGAUUUCGUGGAUGUUUUGAUCUCCCUUCAGAAGGAUCCCGUGUUGGAAUCCAUCCUCACUCUAGAAGUCAUCAAGGCGCUCCUUCAGUACUGGGUGGAGAGCCUGGUCAUGUGCCACAGGCUGGCUCAUUUGGAGGAUGAGUUCAGGAAGCUCAAGGUUUCGAGCGGCGCCUCUUCCUCCCAGGAGCCAUCCAUCUCCGAGGUCGAGAAGCUAAAGGCCAACAUGGAGAAAAGUAACAAGCUUUUGGAGGCUGAGCGAAAAAAGUCUGUCGACCAGGAGAUAGAGUCGGACACUGCCUGGAAGCAACAGGCCAUCAACGAUCUCAAGUUGAAGAACCAGGAGGUCAGGAAGCUUGCCCAGAAGCUCAAGGAGGCCGAAGAUUUUAUGGUGACUGAGCGGAACAGUCGCUCGGCUGAAGAAAAGUCCCUCUGGGACCAGAUAGCCACCGCUAAGGAUGAGCUGGAGGGCUCUCAGGCGGCACUACGUAUCUACCAGGACGUCGAUGGGAGCAGGUUUGAAACCAUGAAGAAAGUCUACCUCCAUUCGGAUGCGUUCUGUGACAGAUUCACCGAUCGGGCCCUUCGCCUAUUUGACUUGGCGAUCGAAGGGACGAUUGGACAGCUUCCCGAGGGAGGCCACUUGCCAACUACUGUGACAAGCAAAGUCAUAAGUCGAGAUAAGCUUACAGCCACUCUGCCUAACGACAUGUUAGACUACUUAGAAUGA